AUGCACACUUAUGGCGGGGAGGGACAGGAAAACUGUGGAGUGCGUCGAGUCGGCGGGGCGUUGAGGCGGCCAGGCGUCAGAACUCGAAAGCAGCGAGGCGUCGGAGGCUGCGAGAAGUCAGAGGUUGUGUUUCAAAGACGGGGAGGCGCAAUCGCAAAGAGGGAGACUGGGAGAGGCCAGAGGCGACGCGAUUUUACUAAACAGACGGUCCGACGGUGGCUGUCGACUGGUGGUUGGUGCCUGACUGAGCGAGACGAGAGUGGCGCACGAUUGCAGUCUGCAGAAGAUGAGAAGAGAGGCGGGGUGCCAAGGAUCUCGCUGAUUGAAGACCACGGCUGGCGAAAUCAACCGACGAAAUCAACCUCACUGCAGACGGGCUCCAAAUCUCUGAUUGAGCUCUCAAAUCGCUGCCGGAACAGACCACUGUCCGUGGGCCGAACAGACCACGUCCUCUCCGAAUCUCAGAUCGAGCUUUAA